UCCAGUAUUGUUUUGACAGCGGUUGUGAAAUGAUUUUCCGUCGUCCAGCUGUGUAAACACCUAUAUGUAAACUUGACUGUGCAGUCGUUAUUCCUUUUUAAACGCGGAUUUCAAGUGCCUAGAAGAAAGUUUAGGUUUCUUCUUCAUUACACUUCGGAUUACAUAAGUUACACGUAGAAACUUGAGAGCAAAUGUUGCGCUCUUUUAGAGGUCACACUUGGGAGAGUUGGGAAUGGGAUCCGGACAGUAAAUCCCCUGAUGCUUAUCUGUCUCUAUGCCGACAAGCUGUAUAUUUUCAUGUCAGCCCUCUGCUGGACAGUCAAGGUACUGCAGGGGUCAGAGGCACCAAAGGUUUCACUCAUGGUGAGCAUUACUGGGAGGUUGAGUUUCUUGAGCCUCCAUAUGGAAGCUCUGUGAUGGUGGGAGUUGGUACCCAAAAUGCACUUCUUCACACAGGGGACCAAAAGUUUGUUAACCUCAUAGGCAUCGAUAGUGAGAGUUGGGGUCUGUCAUACAAAGGCUUCAUCUGGCACAAUGGAAGGAGUCGAAAAUACACAGAGCCUUUUUAUGAAAGAAAUACAGUCAUUGGGGUUUUGCUGGACUUGAGCGCUGGAACACUGACGUUCUUCCGAAAUGGAGUGAACCUUGGGGAGGCCUUCACUGGCCUGGAGCAGGUCGGCAAGGCUCUGUAUCCUCUGGUGAGCUCUACGGCCCCUGAAACUGAGCUUCAGCUGGGUGUGAGAAGCCAGAGAAUCUCUUCUCUACAGGAACAGUGCAUACACAUCAUCACACAGUCCCUUUCAGAUUAUAGACAGGCACACAAAUUACCGUUACCCACUCCUCUAAUCUGUCAAAUACACACACAUGUGCAUUUAUGAGCAGGGCAUGACCUUUUCAUUUAGAACACACCAGCCUCAAAUAACAACACAGAUCCAAUUUAUAUUUCAGCCUACCUCAAAAAUAUUUUUAUUACUUAAACUGAGCAAAAACAACAUGUGGGAUCAUAUUACUGUUUGUAUUUUUAACUUAUAUGCCAUUUAUGCACUUUGUAGAUGUUAUUGGCAAUGACUGUGUACCAAUAGAAGAUAUAAUUACCUGUAUUUAUAAUUAGCUUAUUAUACAUGCAUGGUAGUUAUAUUUGGAACAU